AUGGUGACUGUGGAAGCAUACCACACAGGCGCUGGCUUCGCAGAUCCAGUAUUUGUACCAAUAUUAACCAAGGAAUAUCAAAGAACUCGCUCAUUCCUGAAUGGCACUCACCUUCAAUUCGACGUGGCUGAUUUUUCCUUUGCUGCUAAAGGCUUUCCCUCCGAUUCAAAUUACGCCCGCUGGGAGCCAGUAACUAUUGAAUCCGGAUUCGGGGAUGGUAUUUGGGUCGUUGACGGAGAGGGAUUUCUGGCUAUUGCACAAGACGAGCAUGAGGGGUGGAUUGUUUGCGAAUGGUAUCACGAGGUCAAUGCGCCGCAACUCUUCUAG